AUGUUCCAAAACAUUCUGAGGUCGCUUAGCGGCUCGUUCGCCGAACUCGGAAGAUGGGAGCCGACAGCCGACCGUUCAGAGGUCGCGCUUAGAAAUGGCCUUGAAAAGUCAAUACUUUUCGUCUUGUGCUCGUCGGCAAUCAUGGGCAUUUCUGCUCUAACCCUGCCCGUUAGUGGCUCUGGUCUGGAUCAUGCGUGGGCUGUUAGUGCUUUGUCUUUCGCGGCUUUGAUGAUCAGCUACUACAUUGCCUCGUCGAAACGUUUCUACGACAUCGCCAUCCUGUCGUGCAUCUGCGAUCCGAUCUCGAUUGCUGUCGAGGGAGUUGCUGAGCGCCUGCCGGAACCCCCAAGAGUCCGGAUACCCGAAUGCGUUCCUUCGCUAGAGGAAUGCGUAGCAAAGCUGCCCACAUACGACACGACAAGAUCGGUUGUGAAGCGCAUCGUCGAGACCAUCACCCCCGUGUCUCUUCCCCAAAAAAUCCAUGCUCUCUUGGAAACACGGGUGUACUAA